CUCUGUGGCGGGCGGCGCUUCCGUUUCUCUUCCUCCGCUUUCCCAACGACCUGAGUAGAGCAAUCAUAAGAUCUGGACUGCCGCGGCGAAGAAUCCGAGCAAACCCUAACCGCGCCCCGAAGAGGAGUCGGAGGGCGAGCAGGUCACGGCUGCGGAGCAUGGAGAGCUCGUCGCCGUCGGUGCCGUUCCCGCUGCUGCAGGCGCCGGUGGAGAGCACCUACCGCGCCUGCACCAUCCCCUACCGCUUCCCCUCCGACAACCCGCGCAAGGCCACCCCCGUCGAGAUCCAGUGGAUCGACCUCUUCCUCAACUCCGUCCCCUCCUUCAAGCAGCGCGCGGAGAACGACUCCACCGUGCCCGACGCGCCGGCCAAGGCAGAGAAGUUUGCACAGAGGUACACAGCUAUGCUUGAGGAGUUGAAGAAGAAUCCAGAGAGCCAUGAGGGUCCACCAGACUGCAUACUUCUUUGUAGGCUUCGUGAGCUAGUACUUAGAGAACUGGGGUUUAGGGAUAUCUUCAAGAAGGUUAAGGAUGAGGAGAAUGCCAAGGCUAUGACACUGUUUGAGGGAGUUGUCCAGCGGAAUGAUGAAAUCAAAGAUGAUGGGAAAAGAGUUGAGAACUUGAUCCGUGGAAUCUUAGCUGGAAACAUAUUUGAUUUAGGAUCUGCACAGCUUGCAGAAGUUUUUGCUAAAGAUGGUAUGUCAUUCUUGGCAAGUUGCCAGAAUCUUUUAUCUCGACCUUGGGUUAUUGACGACCUGGAUGCAUUUAAGAGUAUAUGGACCAAGAAAUCAUGGGAAAAGGCAGUCAUUUUUGUUGAUAACUCUGGUGCUGAUGUGAUAUUGGGCAUAUUACCAUUUGCAAGGGAGUUGCUCCGACGUGGCACAAAGGUGAUACUUGCUGCCAACGACAUGCCUUCCAUCAAUGAUGUCACCUACCCAGAGCUGGUUGAGAUUAUAAACAAGCUCAAGGACUCAGAUGGAAAGCUCGCAGGUGUGGAUGCAUCCGAUCUCCUUGUUGCCAACUCUGGUAACGAUCUGCCUGUAAUUGAUUUGUCUAGUGUGUCCCCAGAACUUGCCUUUUUGGCAAAUAAUGCUGACCUGGUUGUCCUAGAAGGCAUGGGAAGAGCAAUUGAAACUAACCUAUAUGCACAAAUGAAAUGUGACUCGAUCAAGAUUGGAAUGGUUAAGCAUCCUGAAGUCGCCCAAUUUUUAGGAGGAAGACUUUAUGAUUGUGUCUUCAAGUUUAAUGAGGCCUGAACAUAUGCCUUUAUUUCACUCAAAAUCAGCUGGUGCGGUGCUGCACUGAAGUUCCCGUUAUCAUCGAUGAUUACAUUCCAAAUAAGCAAAAUAUAGCUCGUGGUAGUGUCAGGACUCAGGAAGGGUAGUGUCGGUAUUGCUCUGUACGGAUUCUGAUAACCAUUUGACAAGUAGCCAAACUGACGGUUCUGAACUUACAGGCCAUAUUCGUUUCCGCUGGAUGGUCUACAAUAUUUGGUUGCCUACCAGAGCCAUGUUAUCAUCAGGUGGAUAUUCAUUAUUGGAAACAGAUUAACCGCAAUUGAAGAUUACUUCUCCGUGCUA